AUGAGGAAUCCGUAUAAAUCCAUGUUGCGUGCCAUGCUGGCCUCGACAGCUUUCUGUUCUAUACCAUCAGCGACCGCCUCCCAGGUCAGCGGUAACGGAGUCAACCUGCCGCUCCCCUACCGCGUGAUCACGCAGUUCGCAGAGCCUACCUGGAUCGAGAACAUUGCAGUUCGCGCCAAUGGGGAACUCCUCCUGUCCUUCUUGCUGCCCAACGCCAGUCUCUGGAGCGUCGCCAGGCCGGCAGAUACCACCGCAGGCCCACAAAUCGAUAACCUGGGUCUCUUCCAGCCAGCACAGGGGUUGAUGGGUAUCGCCGAGCCCGAGCCUGACCUGUUCGUUCUUGCCAGUUCUGUCUUCACCUCUACUACCGAUAACGCCACGACGGUCUGCCGGACCUGGACCGCCGACUUCCGGGGUGGUCGCACGGCGCCGGAGAUCAAGGUGGUGGCCGAUAUCCCCAACGCGACCAUCCCGAACGGCGUCACGGCCGUGCCGGGAAACAACAGCGUCGUCCUCAUCGCCGACUCGGGCAACGGGCUGGUCUACCGCGUCGACAUCAGCACCGGCCGCCACGACGUCGCCGUCCAGGUCCCGGAGAUGGCGGUGGUCGUCAACGCCCAGGUCGGCGUGAACGGGAUCCACGUCCACGACGGCCACCUGUACUGGACGAACGCCGGCGCCGCCACGAUCUACCGCCUCCGAAUCAACACGGACGGUUCCCCUGCCACCAAAUGUGGUGCUAAGGUUGAGACCGUGGCGAAGCUGGACGCGACAUUUCUGGACGAUUUCGCCAUUAGCGCCGACGGAACCAUCUGGGUCGUCACGGACUUCGACAACCGGCUGAUCGCCGUGCAGCCCACCACCGGCAAUAACAGCAGCACCAGUGUCGUGGUCGAGGGCGCCGUCUCAGAGUUGACUCUGGCUGGCGGCACUUCGGCUGCGUUUGGGAGGGGCGAGACGGACCGCCACGUUCUCUAUGUUACCACCAACGGUGGGCUGAACAGUCCCGUCAACGGGACCGUGACGGAGGGCGGCAAGGUUGUUGCGGUUGAUACAUCGGGCUUCAGAUUUUGA